CCGAUAAAAAUUUCCCAACACCACCCAACACCAUCUGCCACCCUUUUCCCGCGCAUUUUCUGGCCUAGGUAAAAACCCAGGUCUCUUCCGGAUGCUAUUUGGUUUUCACUCCGCUAAAAACCACCGUAGAAUCGCCACCGCCGCCGAAAGUGCCAUUACCUUCUAAAAAAACAAGCCAAGCGUGUUGUUACAUUGCGAUUUUACAGAGACUAAAACAUCAAACAGCAAGAAAAAUGCCGCGUCGCAAGGCUCUGAAGGACAACAGCAAUGCCACCGAGAAUGAAGCCGUUCCAGCGAAGCGUGCACGCAUUGCUUUCCGGCUGGAGGUGCCGGAACGGCGGCAAACGGUCGGCAAAGUCCUUGUCUGCGGCACCGGAGACACCGGGCAACUUGGCCUCGGUGAGGAUGUUCUUGAGCGGAAGCGCCUAUCCGAGGUGCAGGGAAUUCCGGAUCCAGUGGAUGUGUGCGCCGGCGGCAUGCACAACCUUGUGCUCACAAAAAACGGAGAGAUCUACUCAUUCGGCUGCAACGACGAGGGCGCCUUGGGACGCGACACCAGUGAAGAGGGCAGCGAAGCUCAGCCGGGCAAGAUAGAUUUGCCCAAGAAGGCGGUUUCUGUGUCAGCGGGAGACUCGCACUCGGCUUGCUUGAUGGAGGACGGCAGCGUCUAUGCCUGGGGCUCUUUCAGAGACUCGCACGGCAACAUGGGCCUGACGAUGGACGGCAACAAGCGGACGCCGAUUAAUCUUCUGGAGGGUACUGUGUGCUGCAGUAUUUCCUCCGGAGCCGAUCAUUUGGUAAUACUUACCAAUGGGGGCAAGGUGUACACCGUUGGAUGCGCCGAGCAGGGUCAGCUGGGCCGCAUCUCUGAGCGUUCCGUUUCCGGCGAGGGCCGCCGUGGUAAGCGAGACUUGCUCCGACCCGACCAGCUAAUCAUCCCUCGGACUAGGCCCUUCGAUACCAUCUGGACGACCAACUAUUGCACCUUCUUGCGGGAGUCGCGAACCGAAAUCACCUGGGCUUUUGGCCUGAACAACUACAAGCAGGUGGCCCAUCCUAAGGACAUUGAGCGCGUGCUGACGCCCGUGAAAACCGAUUUUCAGAAUAUUCGGCAGAUUUCUGGUGGCGCUCACCAUACCAUACUGCUGGGUAACGAUCUUAAAUGCUCGGUGAUUGGUCGGCACAAUUACGGACGCCUGGGCCUUGGCCAACUGACGGAGGAUGUGACCAAGCUGACUGCUCUCGACAAGCUAAGUGACAAGAUCGUCUAUGUCGGUGGCGGCGAGUCCUGUUCGUAUGCUGUGGCAGAAAACGGAAAGUUGUACUCCUGGGGCAUUGGUACCAGCAACCAGUUGGGAGUAGGCGACGGUGACGACGAGUGGGAGCCGGUGGUGGUCUCCAGUAAAAAUACACAGAACAGACGUGCUCUGUUAGCCACGGGCGGUGGUCAGCAUGCGAUCUUCUUGUUCCAGGACGAGCAGGAUGCCAAGAAGGAGCAGAAGGAGAACGUGCCGGCCUCUCCGUCCGGUGGCAGCAGUAAAAAGGAAAAGACUGCCGACACAGUCAAGGAGUCGGAUGAGAAUAAAAAGGAGGACAAACCGGAACCAAAAGCGGAGAAAAGUGGCAAGGCCGGCAAGCCAGCUGCUAAGAAGGGAAAGAAAGCGUAAAUAAGUUUAAGUAAAAACUUUAAAGUUGACCAUGGAUGCUUUGUUUUUGGUAGCGAUUUGCUGCUCUUCUACGCUUACUACUACUACAUUUCUUAAGGAAUUCUUACUCAUGUUCCAAAAUUCGUAACAUAAGUCCAAAUAUUGUUUAUUACCCAUUAGUCUGGGAUUUUUUGAACUGAGCUGGACGUUAGCUGACCGUCUGCAAAAUAUAUUAUGUUCUUUAUUCAUUUGAUAUAAUUUUCUCGUUUAUAUCUUACCAAUGCCAAUUGUUCUGGCCAAUUUAUAUAAAUUGCUUAUGUUUGAAGAUA